CACAGAAAUCGCUCAGAAGACCUCAGCAAAGCGAUUGUCCUGCGUUGCCUUCUUCCAUAUCUGCACACCCUCUUCGUCCAGAACUUUUCUUUCUCUUGACUUCUCCCAUGGAAGAAGAUUCGACCUCCCUGAAGCAAGAAAAAGAAAUCCAAGAACUGGGAAAAGCAGGGCCUCCAAGGGAAGGAAAGACGGUAACUUCUUCCCAAUAUCCUGAGCCAGAGUUCUCUGAGCCCUCCGAGGCAGAACAGGGAGCAGAAACUGGACCUCGGCCCAGAAGCAGCCCUCCUCAGAGCCCCCAGUUUGGAGUCAGCACAUCUCUGGGUGAUGCUGAAGGACCAGGACCAUCAACUUCCCAUUCCCCUCUUCAGGAGCCUUCUCCCCUUCUUACUCCCCUGGCCCUGGCCACACAGGACCUUGGCUCACCACUGGAGUCAGGCCGGACCGCUAGUGUGACUCCUGACACCGGGACGCUUCAUUCUGAUCUUCUGGAGCAAUCCUCUGAUAAAAGAGAAUCCAUUCCUCAUCACACAGGCCCGUCAGAGGCAAACACCUCUCAACAAUCUCAGCAACCCACAUCUCAACUGUAUGGAUCGAGAGAUGCGAGCUGUAGCAACUCUAAACAAAAAGAACUGAGAUUUGACGUUUUUCAGGAGGAAGACUCCAACGGUGACUACGACCUAGACCAGCCUGCAUCUGGGGCCUCUGAGGCUGCACCCAGCCUGCUGGAGACAGCCAUUCAGAAUGCUAAGGCUUACCUGCAGAAGAGCAGUAGCAAGUCCGGCUUGAAUCUAUAUGAUCAUCUAUCUAAUAUGCUGACUAAGAUAUUAAAUGAGCGUCCUGAAAAUGCUGUUGACAUCAUUGAAAAUAUUAGCCAAGAUGUGAAGACGGCACAUUUUAGUAAAAAAUUAGACACGCUCCAAGAUGAGAAGGAGAUGCUCCCAACAUAUGAAAUAGCAGAGAAGCAAAAAGCUCUUUUUCUCCAGGGACAUUUGGAAGGAGUUGACCAAGAACUGGAAGAUGAAAUAGCAGAAAACUCUCUUCCUAACAUAAUGGAGUCUGCUUUUUAUUUUGAACAAGCUGGAGUUGGUUUGGGUGCAGAUGAGACUUACCGUAUAUUCCUUGCCCUCAAGCAGCUUACCGACACCCACCCAAUCCAAAAAUGCCGCUUCUGGGGCAAGAUCUUGGGUCUGGAGAUGAAUUAUAUUGUAGCUGAAGUGGAAUUUCGUGACGGGGAAGAUGAAGAGGAGGUAGAAGAGGAAGAUGUAACUGAAGAGAGGGAAAAUGGAGAAAGUGAAGCAGAUGAAGAUGAGGAAGAUGGAUUACCAAAGUCCUUCUACAAGGCCCCACAGGCUAUCCCAAAAGAAGAAAGUAGGGCAGGUGCCAACAAAUACGUGUAUUUUGUUUGCAAUGAACCAGGAAGGCCAUGGGUGAAGUUACCAUCAGUUUUACCAGCACAAAUUGUUAUUGCAAGAAAAAUCAAGAAAUUUUUCACUGGGCGAUUGGAUGCACCCAUCAUAAGCUACCCACCUUUCCCAGGAAAUGAGAGCAAUUACUUACGAGCACAAAUUGCCCGAAUUUCAGCAGGAACCCAUGUCAGUCCUUUGGGAUUCUAUCAGUUUGGUGAAGAGGAAGGAGAGGCAGAGGAAGAGGUAGAAAGUGGGCGAGAUAGCUUUGAGGAAAACCCAGAGUUUGAAGGCAUUCCAGUGACUGAUCUAGUUGAAUCUCUGUCCAAUUGGGUUCAUCAUGUACAGCAUAUUCUCCCUCAGGGUCGCUGUAAUUUGUUCAACACUAUGCAAAAAAAUGAAGAAGAAGAGGAGGAGGAUGAAGACAAAGAGGAAGAAAAAGGAGAAGAACCUGAGUACAUAGAACAGGAAGUGGGGCCUCCUCUUUUGACACCAAUCUCUGAAGAUUUAGAGAUUCAGAAUAUGCCUCCUUGGACAACACGGCUAUCCUCAACUCUUGUCCCACAAUAUGCUAUUGCUGUUCUUCGAUCCAACCUUUGGCCUGGAGCAUAUGCCUUUUCCAAUGGCAAAAAGUUUGAAAAUCUCUACAUAGGCUGGGGUCAUAAAUAUAGUCCAAACAAUUACACACCUCCGAUUCCACCACCAGUUUAUCAAGAAUACCCCAGUGGACCAGAAAUUACAGAAAUGGAUGAUCCUAGUGUGGAAGAGGAGCAGGCUUUCAGGGCCACACUAGAGUCAGUUGCACUGGAGGCCGAGGAGAAUGAAGAAACUGAGGAAGAUGAAGAGGAGGAUGACGACGACUAAGAUCAGCCUGGACACACGUGUCACUGACACACACUCCCUUAUGUGGGACUGAUUUUAUAUGUGUGAACAUAUAUGUGUACACAUACACACACUUAUAUACAGGAAAUUAUUCACCUGCAAAUGUCAUUCCUUACAAAUAAACAACUUGGAAUUUUGUAUGUAAAACUAUGUUUAUAGAAAGAUGCUCAAUGUAUUUUCCAGAGGCUAAAGGACAUGCAAUCACAUCACUGUUCUAAUGGUUACAGCUAAUAGAAUAAGAGCUUGUGUAUUAUUUUUAAAAGAUCUCAAGGUUAAGUUCUAAUAUGGCAAACAUUGAAAGAUACAAUCCUCAGAAGCUUCUUGGAAACUUUAUACUUCAAAAAAGUGUCAAAAGGUUUGAAGACAAAACAAAAAAACCCCACUGACAACCACUGUACUAGAGUAUGUAUAUUUAACCUGAGUAAGAUCUGAACCAGAACAUGUAUUCUUAAGCUUGUGUAAUUAACUGUGCUUAUGGUUGGGUCUGUGAUACUGUGUGCAAGCACCAUAUAUGUAUUCAUUUUUCACUAAGAAGAUGUUUGUAAUUCCAUCACUUGCUCAAAAACUGUAGGAACAAAUUUUUAACCAUUUUGGUACUUCUCAAAACUCAAUCUUGACUCCUUCAUCCUACAGAAAUUGAUUUGAACUAUUGGGGAUUGAGGAAAGAUAAGUUGCACAGAGAUAGUUGGAACUAUCCAAAGACUUCAGGCUUGUGUUUUCUACUACUGUUUCCUAAAACAUUUUUCUUCAUUAAAAAAGUAUUUUUAACUCCUAUAUGUACUUAACAACCUGCAACUA